AUGAUUGUACUAGGCGAUAUGCCAGACAACAGUACUAUGGACAUGGAGGCAGGUAUUCAAGUAAAUGAAAAAAGACUAGAAAAACUUAAACGUCAUGUAGAAGCUCAAGCCAAACUUAGGGCAAAAAAACAAAAACAACUUGAAGAUGAAAAAUUUAGAUCUGCUCAUACUAAAAGACAAAAAACAGUAAUUAAAGUUUGUACUAUCAAACAUUUAUGUAAAGCACUAGAAGAAAAAUACAACCUUUAUCUCUCAUGCUAUUGUUUGUCAACAUAUUUGAAACCUCGACACAAAUACAUAUUUGCAGCUCGCCAUCACUACUAUCUUGCAAAAGUCAGUUUGGCAUCAGUUGCAAAAACCGAUAUAAGACAACACAUAGAUGAACACUAUUGUUUAGCAUCUGUUAAGGCAGCUCGAGUUUUUGCAGAAGUAUUUGCAAAUGAUAUAAUUAUUAUCUCCCAGGACAACAAGGCAAAAAUCGGGUUAGAUAUUUCUGCG